UUACCUGGGAGCGCAUCGCGCCGGGGCCGCCUUUGUUCCAAAAGCUCAGCCCCUCCCGCUUGGUCCAACGCCCGGCCAUGUGACUCGACAUCUGCUGUAGAAACCAAGCAACACUGAGCGCUGCAAGGAAGAGGGAGAAAGAGAGACGAAGACCGGAGAGCGUGAGGCGCUCGCUACAGCCUCCGGGAAAGGAGAUCUGUCAAUAGCCGUCAAUACUCGGCAAACUGCGCCAUCUGCACACUAUUUCUCCCGAUCGUUCCAAUUGAAUCCAUGUUCUCCAUCUCUCAGAACGCCCCUGACUCGUUGCAGGAUCUACUUGCAUGCAACUUUGUGCAUAGUUUAGUUCCUUUUAUUUGCUGGAACCUUUGUUUGGGCUUUCCUUGAAGGAUAUGCUUCCACUGGCAGUUAGAAACUGGACAGACACGAGUCUCGGUUCCUGCAGGGGCUAGCCAGUGCGACCCCCACCAGCAGCCGUCCGGCUCGGCUCCGGGUCCGAGGUGAAGGGCCCGGCGACUCGCACGAGGAUGCCGGUAAUGAAAGGACUGCUGGCCCCUCAGAAUACCUUCCUGGACACUAUCGCGACCCGCUUCGAUGGCACUCACAGCAACUUUGUGUUGGGAAAUGCUCAGGUCCAGUCUUUGUACCCCAUUGUGUACUGCUCAGAUGGCUUCUGUGAAUUGACUGGUUAUGCACGGGCAGAACUCAUGCAGAAGAGCUGUGCAUGUCAGUUUCUCUAUGGGGCAGAGACCAGUGUUCAGCUUACCGGGCAGAUUCAGACAGCACUGGAUGAACGGCGAGAGUUCAAGACUGAACUUAUUUUAUACAAGAAGUCUGGUGCUCAGUUCUGGUGUUUACUGGACAUUGUACCCAUCAAGAAUGAAAAAGGAGAAGUAGUUCUCUUUCUAGUCUCACAUAAGGACAUCACAGACUCGAAAUCCCGGUUAUCAACUGGCAAUGGAUGGGACACUGAUGAUGAAAAUGGGAUGGAAGUCCAUAGAGACACCAGGCCCCCUGGGUUUAACGCAAAUCGCCGCCGUAGCCGAGCAGUACUCUACCAGCUCUCUGGUCACCUACAGAAACAGGACAAAGCAAAGCUCAAGUUGAACAAUAAUGUGUUUGGAGAGAAGCCUCCCAUUCCAGAAUACAAAGUUGCUGCCAUUCAGAAAUCUCGUUUCAUUCUCCUUCACUAUGGCACCUUCAAAGCUGGCUGGGACUGGCUAAUUCUUCUUGCUACCUUUUAUGUGGCUGUGACAGUGCCCUAUAACGUAUGCUUUAGCAAGGCUGGAGGGCGGGAUGAAGGAAAUACCGUGUCUCGUAGUCCACCAAGUGUCAGCGACAUUCUUGUGGAAAUACUCUUCAUGCUGGAUAUACUUCUGAACUUCAGAACAACAUAUGUCAGCAAGUCUGGUCAAGUGGUAUAUGACCCACGCUCCAUUUGUGUCCACUAUGCCACUACAUGGCUUUUUGUGGAUCUCAUUGCUGCACUGCCCUUUGACCUGCUUUACGCAUUUAAUGUCAGCGUGUAUUUUGGUGUCCACCUCCUGAAAACAGUGCGGCUACUGCGCCUUCUCCGGCUCCUUCAAAAGUUGGAGCGCUACUCCCAAUACAGUGCUGUUGUGCUGACAUUGCUCAUGUCAAUGUUUGCAUUGCUAGCCCAUUGGAUGGCCUGCAUUUGGUACUUCAUUGGUCAGAAGGAGAUUGAGCUUAACAAUCCUGGGACCUGGGACAUAGGUUGGCUUCAUGAAUUAGGGAAACGAUUGGGAUCUCCUUAUGAGCCAGAAAAUGCUACAGUGGGUGUAACUUCAAGAAAUCCAUUAGGAGCAGAUGUGCAAAACAGAACUGUACAAAACUCCAGCCAGUGGAACAUCUCAAGAACUGAGCUUAUUGGUGGGCCAACAAUUCGUAGCUCCUAUGUGACAUCACUGUACUUUGCUCUCAGCAGCUUGACCAGUGUUGGUUUUGGAAAUGUUUCUGCCAACACAGAUGCAGAGAAGAUCUUCUCAAUCUGCACGAUGCUCAUUGGAGCUCUCAUGCAUGCAGUUGUUUUUGGUAAUGUGACAGCAAUCAUCCAGCGCAUGUACUCACGUCGUUCCUUAUAUCACACUCGGACCAAAGACCUGAAAGACUUCAUCCGUGUGCACCGUAUCCCAAAGCAGCUAAAGCAGCGCAUGUUGGAGUGUUUCCAAACCACCUGGUCGGUCAACAAUGGCAUUGACGUCAAUGAGCUGUUGAAGGACUUUCCGGAUGAGCUUCGUGCCGACAUUGCUAUGCACCUCAACAAAGAGCUGCUGCAGCUGCCCCUGUUUGAAUCUGCGAGUCGAGGCUGCCUCCGUUCCUUGUCCCUUAGUAUCAAGACUUCAUUCUGCGCUCCUGGAGAAUACCUCAUCCGGCAAGGAGAUGCUCUUCAAGCAAUCUACUUUGUCUGCUCAGGCUCUAUGGAGGUGCUCAAAGACAACACUGUGCUAGCUAUACUGGGAAAGGGGGAUUUGAUUGGCUCAGACUUCCUGGCGAAGGAGCAAGUGAUCAAGACUAAUGCCAAUGUGAAGGCACUAACAUACUGUGAUCUGCAGUACAUCAGCCUGAAGGGUCUGCGUGAGGUAUUGAGGUUGUAUCCUGAGUAUGCCCAGAAAUUCAUCGGGGAGAUCCAGCAUGACCUUACCUACAACUUGAGAGAGGGGAGUAAUAGUGAUGUAGAGAACGAGAGCAAUGGUGGUCUGAUGAAAAAGUUGCCAUCCAUCCGAGAAGAUGAUGAGCUUGAAGACGAUGAGAUGUCACCUCUGUCACCACACCCCCGUUCUCCAAUGAGGCUGACCAGGGCAUUAAACUCCCCUCUGCGCUCUCCUCUGUUACCACCCCGACCAUUCCGGAUCCCAGCUGACACAUGCAUUGUAGAGAACAAGCCUUCAAAACUGCAGAUUCCUGUGGUCAGCUUCAGUGGCCCUCCUGAUCUGAGCCCCAGAUUUGUUGAUGGUAUUGAGACAGACAGCAAUGCCCCACCAGGACAAAAGUUUGAGUUCAGCUCCAACGCAAUUCACAGUCAUCCCUUUGUUCCACUUGCAGGGAACAACGAUGAGACAAAACAAAGCAUCAAUAAACUAAACCAAGAGAUGUGCAGUCUAUCACAACAGGUGAACCAACUGAGCCGAGAUCUUCAGGAAAUGAUGCAGCUCCUCAAGCCGCUCCUUCUCACUCCUAGGUACCUGCCUUCAACCAUUAUGCCGACUAUGACCCCUACGUUGACCCCAACGUGCAGCAGCACCAACCUGCAUCACUGCAUGACCUGUUCAAGCCAGGUGCCUCUCUCUGUUCCUGAGUUUUCAACCGCUGGCAGUCACAGCCAUACAUCCGGAAGCAGGACCAGAUGUGGUGUGCAUGCAUCAAUGUCUUUGGACUCUUUUCUCAGAAAGGAGGCUGCAGGGUUACCUCCACCUACUUUGCAGCCAUCCAGACUGCUCAAUACUCCUCCCUAUGCAAGGCCAAGGGAGACCACUGUGGACUCGAGGAGCGAGGCAGGAGGUCUUCUUGGGGGACUGUUACCCCCGCCUCCACUUCUGCGUAGUGUCAGUGAGGAUGUUUGUCCCAUAGAACUAGUCCACCAUAGUACGACGGGGCCAGUGGACUCGCAGAGUGACUGCAUCCAGUUCAUCGAUGAUGAGGGGACCACUUUAUGAAUUGAAAAUAAUCGAACAAAGUGAGAUGCCUUUUAUGCCAAGAGGAGUUCAACAGGAGAGAGAAUGAGGAGUGAACAAGGGGAACCCAGCUAGUAUUCUGCACUGUUUCCAAGAAGCUGGCUUUCACAAAAAAGUCUCAAGCAGGUACAGAUGUACUGCAUUUAAGGGUGAGGUAAGAGCAGCCCUCCCUAUGGCUCUCUGCACAUUUUCUCACAAAUACUCUGCUUAGUCAUUUCUGAAAGCUCGAGGACUUUUAAUAGCAUAAGAACAGUUCCUCCCCAUCUCCUUUUCAAAAGUUGCCCAAGACGCCUUAUGCACUGAAACAAAAGGAAAGAAACUUACUGGAGAUGAAAUACUUAGUGAGGUCUUUGGUCGGCCAUGACUAAAGCUAGUUUUGAUUGCAUACUGGGAUCCUCCCUCAGUUAAGUGGCAAGGAUGUAGUGCAUCAGAAUCUCCUCACUUAAUAACAGAUGUUAAGAUGGGACUUUUUGGAUUUGGAAGUGGUUUAGAAGCCAGACCUGCCUUGUGCAUGAAAUGUUUAAUUGCCAUAUCUAGUGUGUAGCUGGAGUCAGAUAUAAAGUCAGAGUAGCGAAUCAACUUCUUGACUCCACAAAAAAAACUGAAAAUUCUGACUUCUGUUAAUUUGGUUCCAACUGCUAAGCCAAAGCAUUUACUGACGCUGCCUCUGGAAGAAGGGAGCGAGACUUUGUGUGUGUUUUUUUUUUACUUCACUCGGAUAUAUCCCUUCGACCUGGAUUCAUUUUGUUUCAGUUUCUUAAUUUAACUAACUUAUCAAAAAAGCUGAAAAAAACACACCUGUUCAGUUAGCAUGCAAACUUGAAGGGAGCAGCAAGGAGCCAGACUGAUGCAAAUGCCUCCCCACCCUCUCUCCUUAGCACCCGCACAAGUGGCCCGACAGGCUUGGUUGGUGACAGGCCAAGGAUGGUGCCAAAGUCUGGUCUUGCAUGAUCUCGUUGACCACUGGCCCUCUUGCUGACAGUUGAGAGAUGUUAUUUUUAUAUUGUUAUCUGGAGGAAAAAAAAAUACAAGUAUAGCAUCCCAGUCAUUUUAAUAUUUCAAUAAA